AUGAGUGUCCCACGCGCGAGGUUGCUGGACCUCAUGAAGGUCCAAUGUCAAGUUUUUGCGACAACAUUCAACCCCGAGGGAGUCCGUACCGGUAACAAGAUCCUGCGCCAGCGCCUGAAGGGACCUGCUCUCGCCUCGUACUACCCGCGCAAGGUUCUCACCGUCCGAGAUGUUCAGAAGGAGUUUGGCCCUGAGCUCACGACCAUCGAUCUUGACGAGAUGGACCGAUUGGACCACAUUGCUGCACUGAAGUCGAGAGGAAAGAGCGCGCCGAAGAAGUUGAAGGCCAAGGGUAAGACCCGUCGCUUCGGCAACGGUUGA